AUGGCAGUUUCUACUGCCCCCAUUGAGAAGUAUCAAAUUCCGUCAAUAUCGAUGAAUGAUUUGAAAAUAGCUGAUGAAUCGUCGAAAGAAGAUGUAAACGAAAGCGAGCAGGAGUCGGAGAUAGAAACAGAUCGAAAAGGAAUAAUGAUUGCUUCCCUUGUUAUGUUUAUUGCUGCAAUCGAGAAUACAGUUGUUGGAAUGAGUGAAUGGCCUUAUAUGAAUGAGAUCGACAAAGAAGCAGAUGCUCAAUUUUUUGGAAACGCCACCGCUGCUUCCAAACUUUUCCACGCCGUAUCAGCUCUUAUAUUCGCCGUUUGGUGCCAUAGGCGACAAUCAUUUCGUGUUCCACUAGUCGCUGGUCGACUUAUCGCUUUCGGAGCAUGUCUUCUUUAUCUAGCAGUCGAAAUGUUCGAUGGAGGACGGAGAUAUGUAAUGGCACUGUGUUAUGUGCUAUUUGGAGUUGCUUCUAGCAGUUCGACGAUUCUUCGUGCCUAUGUGGCUGCAAUUUCUUGUCAUAGAGACCGCCCACAGGCAUAUUCUGGUCUCAAUGCAGCUACUAUGAUCUCAAUUAUUGUUGGUCCCAUGAUCCAAGCGGCAUUCUCAUCCAUUCACUACCCCGGCUACGAAAUAUUUCCAAAUGUGAAGUUCCACAUAUAUUCUGCUCCAGUUUGGGUCGCAGCAUCGACCAACUUCAUCUCCAUCAUCAUCAUUUGUACUAUUCUCAAAGAGUUGCCGCGCCGCGCGCAGUCAGAAAUGAAAAAGAAUCAGUCUCUUAUGACAUUUGCUGGUGUUAAAUCACGUAUCGAAAGAAUAUCUCAAAUGAAUCUCAACUGGCGUAUCGUCGUGUUGUGCUGGAUUGAAAAGAUGAAUGCCACACUUUCUAUUGUCACACUGACUACACUGACAUCAGUAAUAUUUAUGACUAAUUAUGGAUGGAGUGGAUCUCACACUGUGCUUGCAAUGUCUGUUACAAUGGGUGCUGUUGGAAUCUUGGCAGUUUUAAUUACGAGUCUCUACUUUUUCUGUCAUCUUGGAAAUUAUAUUCAACAACGUUUUGCCUUCCUCGUCGGUCUAAUCAUCUUCAUGUCAAUGUACUUGUUCACAUAUCCAUGGAAAUCAGUCAGUAAUCCAGUUCCUGCUUACAAUUCUACAUUAGAUUUGGGAUGUAAUUCGAAUGUUUAUGAUUGGUGUGAGACAUCAUAUGCUCCCGCUGCUCCUUUGUUACUUAUUGUUAUCGCUGUUGUCAUGGGAAUUGGAAUUCCAUUGUCUUCUGUUGCUUUGGAUGCUAUUUAUUCGAAAACACUUGGACCAAUCAACCAAAGUGUUAUGCAAGGAGCCAUGAUUGUUGCUGAAGAUGUUAUUCUUAUUUUGGGACCCAUUUACUCUUCGGGAGUUUAUACUCAUUUCGGUUUGGAAACUCUUUGGACCUGGAAUGGAAUCAUCGUGGCAUUUGGAUCACUUCUGUGGAUUGGUCAUUUGCGAAAACUUGCCGACUAUUCUUGA